AUGUUACUUCAAAGGUUACGGUAUCGACCCCGACGUCCUUUUUGGCAGCUUCCCCAACAUCGAUUUCCAGUUUUAUCCCUUUACAAAACGCUGCUCAGAUUAUCUAAAACAUUUCCCAAUGAUAUUCACAGGAAAUAUUUAUACUUUACUAUUCGUGAAAAAUUUAGAUCUAGACGUUAUGAAACUUCAGUGGUUUCAACUAUCGAGCAUUUGAAAGAGGCACAAGAAUGUCGGCUCACUUUACAAAAAGCAUUGCGAGGUGAUAAAGAGUCCUUUCAACAUAUUGAUGACUUGGCUUGGGGUAGGAAAGGUAGGCUCAAAGAAGUACUGGAAGUA